CAGGCCAGGAGGCACCUGCCGCCCGCUCGGAGGGGGCGGAGGCGACGCGCGCGGGUCCCUGGAGAUCCGGUGGGAAGCCUGCCGGGGGCGCGUCCUCCUGGUGGAAGGGACAUCAGGUGGCGCUACGACGGCGCCCCUCCUCCAGAGCCUGGACCGCGCCUGGGCCCUCCCCGCGCCCGGGGAGGGGGCAGCGCUGGGCGAGACUGGACCGCGCCAGCCCUCUCCCAGCCCCUCGGCCCGCUCCGGUCCCGUCGCCUCGGCAAGCCCGGGGCCCGGCCGCCAUGAAGCAGCUGUGCCUGUGCGCGGCCACGUCCUUCGCGUGCCAGCGGUGGGUGUUGGAUGGACCCGGGCCAGGCUUGGGGGUGCUGUCUCAGUCCCCCACCCAGGACCACCUGCCCCCACAGCUGCGGCUCAGCCCCACUGACCCAGGCUCCUGCCCUCCCUGCGGCCCCUGCCCCAUCCCGAAGCCAGCAGCCAGAGGCAGGCGCCAGAGCCAGGACUGGGGCAAAGGCGAUGAGCGGCUGCUGCAGGCUGUGGAGAACAGCGAUGCUGCCCGGGUGGCUGCCCUCAUCGCCCGCAAGGGGCUGGUGCCCACGAAACUGGACCCCGAGGGCAAGUCUGCAUUCCACCUGGCCGCCAUGAGGGGUGCAGCCAACUGUCUAGAAGUGAUGCUUGCACACGGUGCCAAUGUCAUGAGCACAGAUGGGGCAGGUUACAAUGCCCUCCACCUGGCAGCCAAGUACGGGCACCCACAGUGCUUGAAGCAACUGCUGCAGGCGUCCUGCAUGGUGGAUAUUGUGGACAGCAGUGGGUGGACGGCCCUACAUCACGCAGCUGCUGGUGGCUGCAUCUCCUGCUCAGAAACGCUCUGCUCCUUCAAGGCACAUCUGAAUCCCCGAGAUCGGUCAGGUGCAACACCCCUCAUCAUAGCAGCUCAGAUGUGUCACACAGAUCUGUGCCGCCUCCUCCUGCAGCAGGGGGCUGCUGCGAAUGACCAAGACCUGCAGGGCAGGACAGCCCUGAUGCUGGCCUGUGAGGGGGCCAGCCCUGAAACGGUGGAGGUGCUGCUGCGCGGCGGGGCCCAGCCGGCCAUCACGGACCUGCUAGGCCGCGACGCUGCUCACUACGGAGCCCUGGCAGGGGACAAACUCAUCCUGCACCUCCUGCAGGAGGCAGCCUGGCGCCCCUUGCCGCCCAGCGAGGACGACUCAGGAGAGGCGUCAUCUCAGAACUCUGUGUCCAGCCAUGACCACCGAGGGGCUCAUAAGAAGCGGAAGGCACCCCAGCCCCCCGCCAGCAUCCCUUUGCCGGAUGAUCAAGAUGCCUACGAGGAGAUUGUGCGGCUGCGACAGGAGAAGGGCCGCCUGCUGCAGAAGAUCCGGGGUCUGGAGCAGCACCAGGAGUGCAGGAAGCGGGAGCUGCCAGAGGCAGAGGCCAGCUCCCUCCACAGCUUGGAGAGACAGGUGCAAGAGCUGCAGCAGCUGCUGGCAGAGAAGCAGGAGGAGAAAGACAGUCUGGGACGGGAGGUGGAAAGCCUGCAGAGCCGGCUGUCCCUGCUGGAGAAUGAGCGGGAGAACACCAGCUAUGAUGAGGCCACCCUGCAGGAUGAGGAGGGUGAGCUGCCCGACUUCCCAGGGGUGGAGGCAAUGCUCUCCAAACAGCUAAGCGCGUCCGCCCAGGAACUCUUGGUCUCACUGCAAGAGCAGGUGGCUGCGCUCACCAGACAGAACCAGGAGCUGAGGGAGAAGGUCCAGAUCCUGGAAGACUUCGAGAAGGACGAUAUGGAGGCGAACGGUCUGGCGGAGGUCAUCCCCCUGGCCCUCUAUGACUCUCUCCGGGCUGAGUUUGACCAGCUCCGCAGGCAGCACGCUGAGGCCCUGCGGGCGCUGGCGCAGCAAGAAACACAGGUGGCCCCUGGAGAAGGAGAAGCAGCUCUCGGGGAGGGUAAGGAUACUGGAGUCAGGACCACUGGGAACGGGCCAGCAGCCACGGAGCUGGAUGGCGCUGGGGCCCCAGAAAUCAAAGUUACCGGGGCCGAGACAGCAGGCGAGGAGGUGGCAGGAGCAGAAGCCGGGGAAGCCAGGACUUUGCAAGUGGCUUCCGCUGGGGCUGAGGCCACAGAAAGAAAAUCCAGGGGCACUGAGGCCAUGGGAACCGAGGGUAUGGUUGCUGAGGCUUUGGGAACAAAAGCCACAGGGCCCGAGGUCACAGAAAUGGAAGUUCUAGAAGCAGCAGGAAGCCUGGAAGCAAAGGCCACAGGAGCAGAGAACACGAAUACGAGAGCAGAGGGACCCGGGCAAAAGGCCAAUGUGAGUGCUGUGGAGGCAGAGCUCACCGGCAUGGAGGCCAUGGGAGUGGAGGCCACAGCCCCAAGGGUGCCCCCAGGCCCUGUCCUACACCCUAAUGCUGCUGAGGCCUCAGAAAUGCUGCAAGCAGAGCUGGAGGCCAGGAUUCGUGCCCUGGAGGAGGCGCUCCGGCAGCGAGAGCAGGAGGCUGCCGCUGAGCUGGAGGCGGCCCGUGGCAAGUGUGAGGCCGUGGAGGCCGAGGCAGGUCGGCUGCGGGAGCGGGUGCGUGAGGCCGAGGGCGCUGGGUCCGGUGGGGGCAGCAGCGCUGACACAGUCCAGCUGCGGGCGGCCCUGGAACAGGCCCGGGAAGACCUCCGAGACCGGGACUCCCGCCUCCGGGAGCUGGAGGCGGCCUCGGCCUGGCUGGAUGAAGCCCGGGCGGGCCGGCUGCUGGCUGAGGAGGAGGCCCGGGGCCUGCGGGCAGAGCUGGCUCAGAAGGAAGAGGCGCGGCUGGAGCAGAGCCGGGAGCUGGAAGUGCUACGGCAGCAGCUGGCCGCAGCCAGGGCCACCGGGGAACAGCAUCGGGCAGCGGCCGCCGAGCUGGCCCAAGCACGGGAUGCAGCCGAGGCCCGGGCUGCUGAGCUGGCCUCUGCCUGCGAGGAGGCUCGGCAGGGCCUGGCGGAGCUGCGCGAGGCCUCCGAGGCCCUCCGCCAGUCAGCGGUACCAGCCUCAGAGCACCACCGGCUACAGGAGGAGGCUCUCGAACUGCGGGGCCGGGCAGCCAGCCUGGAGCAGGAGGUGGUGGCCACAGGCAAGGAAGCUGCCCGGCUGCGGGCAGAGCUGGAGAGGGAGCGCGUGGGCAGUGUGGCCCGCUUGGAGCACGAACGCAUAGUAGGUGCGCUGCGGGCAGAUGUGGUCCGGCUGGAGGGGCAGCUGGAGGAGUUAGGCCGACGCUAUGAGAAGACCAGCGCUGAGGUCUUCCAGGUGCAGCGGGAGGCGCUGUUCAUGAAGAGUGAACGGCACGCGGCAGAGGCCCAGCUGGCCACAGCGGAGCAGCAGCUGCGGGGGCUACGUACCGAGGCUGAGCGGGCGCGCCAGGCCCAGAGCCGUGCCCAGGAGGCCCUGGACAGGGCCAAGGAGAAGGACAAAAAGAUUACAGAGCUGUCCAAGGAAGUCUUCACUCUCAAGGAGGCACUGAAGGGCCAGCAGGCGACCCCAGGCAGCCCCGAGGUGGAGACCCUGCGAGGCCAGGUGAAGGCUCUGCAGGAGCAGCUGGAGGAGGCUGCCAGGGACCACGGUGCAGUGGUGGCCCUGUAUCGAAGCCAUCUCCUGUAUGCCAUUCAGGGUCAGAUGGAUGAAGACGUGCAGCGCAUUCUGAGCCAGAUCUUACAGAUGCAGAGGCUGCAGGCUCAGGGCCGCUGAGCGUCGGGGCAGGGACCCUCCGCUCCGCCCAGCAGGCCCUGCCCCGGGUGUCUGAGCUCACGCACCGACCAUCUGCACGGGGGGGCUAGCCUGGGCCCCUUCCUGGCAGUCCCUGGCGGUCUCCGUUGCCACCCUGGUCCCUGCACGGACUGGCUAGUCGAGACCCUGGCUCUGACUGUGCCCCGCCCUGCCCUGGAUAAACUGAGUCCCUUGCCCAUCCGCCACCCCAGGAAUAAAAGCUCUCUGAGCAAAGGAUGAACACGUGAGGCCUGAUUGCUGGGCUCCCGCAGCAAGGAGGGGGCGGGGGACCCAGACAGGGAUUAGGAAUAAGGAUGAUACAAGACACACCUCCAGUCAAAGACUGUCCCAGCGGUGAACACGCGUGAAUGCACGAUUUAAAAAAGUUAAAAUGGGCACCAACAGGUCCAUGUUAAGGGGAGGCAGGAUC